CGUGGAUCUGCGAUCCAAGCUAAAUUGAAUGUUAUGACUUCUACAAUGAACCCCUCUGCAUGCUAAAUCUACCUUCAUUUCCGUUGAACGAUUGUAGAGGAACACGUCCUCACAAAUGCCAGCACGAGUUCUUUGUCAUGCCGCGCUGCACUAUGGGAGGAAAAGCUUGUGUGAACAUCAAUUUAGCGUACCCCGGAUUGCGGGUCUGCGAAAGGUAGACUAGUUAGGGUAUGUCAUGACGUCGGCAACACAGCAGAGUCAUGAACGUCACAUGAAGUAGCGAUUCACUGUCCCAUAGACUCUGAUUAUCUGUAGAUUCCCUACCAAACAGCCCGCAAGAAAACGAACAGAAGCCGUCUCGAACAGAACACACCCUGAACAGAACAAACCAAACCAACCACCACCUCGCGGCCCUCGCAAUCCAACCCAGCCCCAACCCUCCACCAUGCCAGACAAAACCCCCCAAACAUACACCUCCAUCAAAACCCACCUGCUAGCAACCACCUCCCUCGCCCUUCCCCCAUCCAAACCCCUCUCUCCCUCUCUAACCCCCCAAAUCGCCGCCCUCUCCCUGCACCCCGCCCUAGAAUCCGCCCUGCACAUCCUCAACCACGACCUGCCCUCAGCCCAUUUCCUCGUGCGCCACAUGCAGGCCCCGCCCGCAGUGGAGGGCAUGCUGCUGCACGGCAUCCUGCACCGGUGUGAGGGCGAUAUGGGCAAUGCGCGAGCGUGGUUCGGGGAUGUGGGGGAUAUUUGUGGGGGGUGGGUGCCGAAGAAGAGGGGCGAGGGGGAGAGGCUGGAGGAGGGGGUUAGGGAGAAGUGUGCAGGACCGGGGGAGGGCGGGUUAUUGGAGUGGGUUUAUGGGGAGGGGGAGGGGGGGAUGGAGUUGAUUGAUGGGGUUGAGGCGUGGAGGAAGGGGGGGAGGAAGGGGGGUGAAGAGGGGGAGUUGGUUGAGAGGAUCAGGGCGGAGUUGGGGAGGGUGUUGGAGUGGUGUGAGAGGAAGUUUGGGACGCAGGCGUGGGUGGAUGCGAGGGAGGCAUGGGUGAAGAAUAGUGAGGAGGUGCAGAAGAUGAGCAAUGAUAUGGUUAGUGGGGGGAAGGGGUUCCGGGAGUUCUGA